ACACCCACACAUCAGAUGCUUGAUGUGUGUUAGCAAACUGAGGGAGAAACUGGGACAGCUGAAGAUAGAAGCGCAGCCACAGAACGGACUAACAUCGGGGCUGUCUUUAGUUUUAUUCCACAAUCGUGGAGGUGAAAAGCGACUGCAUGUCUGACGUAAGCGUGUGUCGAGGGCAGAGCCUCGCUGGGUGAGCAGCGGAGCAGGCUCGUCCACAGAGUUAGCCUGGCAGCUAACUUAAGCUGAGUUUGCAUUCGGGCAGCUAGUUUCUUGUUAGUUAGCAUCGAUGAAGAAACACGGUGCCGGUGUCCAACCUCUGAAUAAGACUGAGCAGCCUGUGUACAGUUAGCUAGCUUCUCAGAAAGACAACAACAGAAUGACAGAGGAUGCCAUCCUGCUGAAUGUCCCUGUCAUUCGGCAGCUGUACCACUGGGACUGUGGGUUAGCCUGCUCCAGGAUGGUGCUAAAGUACCUUCACCCAGUGGACGAUGAGGAGUUUCAGAGAGCAUGCUGGGAGCUGAAGCUAACAGAGAGUGUGUGGACUAUUGACCUGGCUUACCUCAUGUGCCAUCUAGGAAUCAAACACUGCUUUUGCACACAGACUCUGGGCGUUGAUAAAGGUUUUAGGAAUCAGUCCUUCUAUAAAAAGCAUUUUGACACAGAAGAAGACCGAGUGAACGAGCUCUUCUUAAAAGCAGAGAGCAAAGAUGUGGUGGUGAGAAAAUGUUCAGUAACCGUGCAGGAAAUCCAGUCCCAUCUGGAGCAGGGCCACGUUGCCAUAGUGCUGGUUAAUGCUGUCGUCUUGACAUGUGAGCUGUGCUCCUCGCCUGUCAAAUAUUGUUGCUUCCUGCCCGCUGGUCAGAAGUGUUUCUGCAGGAAGCCAGAGUACCAGGGUCACUUUGUGGUAGUGUGCGGCUUCAACAGGACCACAGGCUGUAUUUACUACAACAACCCUGCGUAUUCUGACAGGGUGUGCUGCACCAGCAUCAGUAACUUCGAGGAGGCUCGGCGGAGCUACGGGACAGAUGAAGAUAUUCUGUUAGUCUUUAAGGAGAGUUGAUGGACAGCGAUGAUGAUGGUGGAUUUGGAUUUCACUCUUCAUCGGCUCAUUGUAUUGACAUCACGCAGCUGCAGGUCUCAGUACCUGGACGCCUGUCAGCUGAUCCCUUGGACUAUUCCCUCCGGUGCUACUAAGUCUGACUGCUCUCUAGAAAAACACACGUUGGAGAAUCACUACACUUAUAUUAACAGCUGGAAGGUCCAGAGUCAAAGUUUUUUUCACACCGAUAGUUAAAAUGAAUUUUAUUGUUUGUUGAAUUUUAAUGGCUGCAGUUGGCUAAUAGAUAGAAUCUAUUGAAAUCUGCAAGUGGAUGAAAUGUGGGACUCAAACCUAGAAUAGGAAUCACUUCAACAGUGUUUAUAAUUCAGGGCUGAUGAGGUUUUUCACUUGUGUUUAGUGCUAAAGUCUGAAGGUGUUCUUCUGUCGCCGCCCUCUCACCUCUACCUGCCUUUUUAAGAAUUCUCACUCUCCUCUCGGUCACGAUUUAUUUAAAUGAUUCUGUCAACAGGGAAAACAGGAGCUGUCGCCUUCGUGUUUUGAGAGUCUCAGGUAAUUAAUGCCCUGAAGUGUGACAUUGUGCAUCAAAUGACAAAACUAGUUUAAUGCAAUAUUCCACAGUCUGUCUGUGGAUCUUAAUCUGCGUGCAGAGGAACAUGGACAGACAAUGGAACUCACCAGUUGCUGACAGCAGUGAAAACUAUAUAAUUUCCACAAUGUCACCGAGUUGUUUUAUUUUUUAAUUUUGUUAUUAUGUAUAUAUGUACAUGUUUGCACUACACUUUUCAUACCAGAUGUAAUUAUGUUAUUUAAAGAUUUUACCAUGAAAUUGCUUUUCUGAAUCUUGUGAAAAGUUCUUUCUUCUAGUUGUGCUUCUUGGUGAGAACAAACAGCACAUUUAAAACUUUAUUUUGUAUUAAACAUAGAGCUGCAUUUAUUAUAUGUUAUGAAUAAAGGAUUUGAACACAGUUUUGUUCUGGUCAGUUUUCCUGGUGCAAGAAUGUUUUAAGAGGCUGGAGUCGGUACUUGUUUGGUUAACCUGGUUGUUUGGAAGUUGUCUUAGCUGAAGAACUGAAACACUGUUAAAUUACUUAACUAUGAAAUGAAAAUCUAAAAUCUGUACAGUAAAUUAUAAGAACUAUAUCAUGUAUGGAAGUAACUUGAUGACAAAUCCAAAUCAAAUUCUUACCUGUAACUGGUUUGUUCUCGUUGGUCUGAUAACAGAUCUUUUGUCCUUUCUUUUUCAGUUUCUCACAGUUAAUUUAUAAUGUGAGGAAUUGUCAUCAGACAUUUUGUUCUAAAAACAAAUGUGUGUUGUCCUCAUCC